UUCGUGUUUCUGUUUCUGUGUUUUGUGACUUUUGUGUAUGUGCAGGAAUUUAAUGCAAGUGGUGGACUGUUUAUUUUGUAACAUUUUGUAAUUUGUGUUGUUUUUCUUGUUAUAUUUAUGUAAAUAAAUCGUGAAGUGCACAUAUAUUGAAGAAUAAUGUCGUUACCACCUUUUCCGUCACAAGAUUUGGCGAAACUGGUACUCGGAUAUCUUGCUGAGGAGCAGCUUAUGACUGCCUAUGAUGAGUUUUUACAAGCUAGUCCUUACUUGGAUGCUCUCAGAAAUGAAUAUGACAGGAUAUUUAUGACAUCACUCAAGAAUAUUCUGGCAGAAUAUAGGGCUGUAAAAAUAUAUGUGGAGACAUGUAAACCUCUAAUAUUGAGGAAAAAGUUGGUGCAAUGUACAAAUCUUCUAGAUGUUGUCAAGUUUUUAGCAAUAAAUGCUGAUAUAAGUAAAAUACAAGUACAGGAUACUUCUAGUGAUAAACUCAGUAUAUCCAAACAAAAUUCAUCACAAGCUUCAAAACAAAAUGUCUGUGAUGUGUGCAGCAGUGUGUCUGGCACUUGUAAGUGUAAACAGAAGAAUGGUAGCUGUCAGGACAUGAGUCUGGAUAGUUGUGUUGAAACAACAGCUUUGGAAGAUCUCCCUGGGAACCAUGGAAUUCGCAAAAAGCAUGUUAAGGUUUUGGAAAAAGAUGUACCUGUAGAGCCCAGUGAAGGAUUAAACGAUAGUACAAAGCAAUCUUCAAACAAUUUGAACACUAGUGGCAAUGCAGUGAAUAAUUUAAAUUCCAAUUCACUUAGUUCCCAAAUCAAGUUGAAUGAGAGCCCUUCCAUUGCUUUGAGUACAAUUCCAAAACCCACCGAUACGCCAGAAUGCAGAGAGAAGAUUGAAGAGUUCAAUACAAUUUUGAAGAAAGUUUGUAAGAACAACAAGUCUCAAGUAGACACAAGACUGUUUAGUUUACCUCAAUCUGAUAGCUUGAAUAGAAGUGCCAAUGAUAGUUCUUUCCAAGAUUUUGCUUCUGGAGUUCGAGCCCAUGAAAACCGAAAUGUUCCAGUGCCAGAUUCCAGUACUUCUGAAAACUCCACAACCAUGGCUUCAGUUGCAAACAACACAAACAUGGAUCUCAGUAAUAAUUUGAAGAAUGUGCCAAAAUGUGAUGGUCUGGAAUCUCAAGCGCGCUCUCAUUGUCACCCUAGAUUAAAACCUAAGGACCAAAAAAUUCAAAUAAUUUCGGAUAUAAAAGUAGAUAAGCCGUUCCCAGCGAUAAAUAAUACUUCUACGCCAUUAAUGCAAACCAUUCUAAUAAACGGUAGACCAGCCUAUAAUCAGUCGCUACCUGUAAUCGGCGCCAGUUAUACGAAGGAUGAAAUCAUGGCGAUGCCUACUAUAAUCGUCGUGCCCGCGUCAGGUCCCCCACCGAAUAUGUGUCAAGUAAAACCUGUACAGAUACAAAAGAUGCAGAAAGUAAAUACUAACACUGUGCCAGCGCCUAAUCUGCUGGGUCCUCUUGUAAUAGAUGUGUCGUCGAAUAAUGUUCCUGAAGCUAAAAAGCCUGAAAAUAAUCUGCCGAACCUAGAUCAAGAAAAACCUGCUGAACCUCUACCGGGGUUAGUAAAAACUGUUGAUAUGAAGAACGCGUCUGUUCCAAAAGAUAAUGUCAUAUCUGGUGCAAGUGAAACAAAUACACCACAAGUCCUUCCGCCUGUUAGGAGAUCUUCCUCUACGCCUCGUAGAAGUUCACAUAUCAGAGUUUUAGACUUUACUACACCUAGGAGAAUAUUACACGAGACAAUAAAUGAAGUCCCUUCUAAUGAAACUAGUAAGAAUCCUGUCGAUGUCGUAGUCAGUAGGAGUCCUAACUUAGUAUUCACUGAAACUGAAAAUGCUAAAAAUAAUAUAGUUGAUAUGAGUGACGUUAAAGUUCAUAAAAUAGAAACCUGUCACUAUAACAACCUCAAAAAAGAUUCUGAAGUUAAACCUGUUGUAAAAAGUAAGAAAAAAGAUUGGGAUGCUGACUUACGAGCUUUAGCAACUGCCAGUGUUCCUAACGACUUGCCGCCUAAGUCAAAACCUAGACCUAAGAAACCGAAGAAUAAGAAGGUAGUUGAUACUCCAUCGGAAGGUGACAAAACAGCACAAAAACCAGAAAAAACAGAAGAUAAAAAGUCACGCAGCAAAAGAAAACUAUCUCCUAAACCUACUAAGUCUAAAAAGAGACGGAAAUUAGAAGAGGAAGAGGAACAGUAUGCACAAAUAGCAUCAAAUACUGACAAUAAACCUGUUAUCAAACCAACUUUCGUUGUAGUUCCUGCCUAUUCUUCCGUGCCACCUGAAGCUAAUAAACUCCCUGAAGUCAGUCAAAAUAAAGCACUUGAAGUCAAUCAAAAUAAAUCAAACGAUGAUGCUAUUAACGAAACACCUGAAGCAGAAAGGUUAUCUUUGCAGAAUGAGAUAGGAGCUAGACUAAACAUAUCAGAAUUUCUAGAAACUCCAUACAAACAAGCUUUGUAUGAUAUACAAAUGGAGACACCGAAAUUUUUAGGAUCCUUGCCUGAUGAGCCGAUAUCAGAUAUCAAAAUUAUGAAUAUACCUACGCCGCGUUUCUUUGAUACUCCAAGACCUGCACAUGCUACACCUUCGUAUUCGUCACGAGCGACUGAUUAUUCUAGCGGUGGGUCUUACUACAAGCCAGAUGAUCAGGACUAUCUGCGAAUCGCUGAUUUAGAAUGCCCAGUGUCUUCAUCUAAAGAUGUACCACCACCUGUAGAAGUGUCCAAAGAUACAGCAAGUACCAGUAAAAGAACUUCUAGACCAGUAAGAAAGUGCACGAAAAAUGUGUCAUAUGUUAGUAGUAGUAAUACAAACUGUAAACCGAAAGAAAGGUUAGUUGAUGAUAACAUUGAGAAAAUCUCAUCUUGUAGUGACACUACUGUAGCGAACAGCUCCCUUGAAAUUAGUAAAGAGGUCAACGUAAAAACACCGAAAAAUGCUAAAUUAAAAUCGAGUACCAAGACGGACACAAAGAAAAAACUGAGUUCUAGUAAAAAACGAAAAUCACCUAUGAAAAAGGAUAGAUCUAAUUCAUUUAUGAAGAUCAAACCUCGAAGACUUACUCCAAUAAAGGAUAAUAAGAGAUCAAGAAGGAAAAGCGAUGUGUUUUCUAAAUCACCGAAAAAGAAACCAAGUGCAAAAGAAAAGAAUACUCAUAUUGCUCCCGUUGUAAGUCCUGCUCCAACCAAGUCACGUAGAAAAUCUUCGACGCCCAGGAAGCUGCAUUGCACUAAAUCAUUUAAUUCCGAAAGUUCCGGCCACGAGUCUCCGGAACUAAACGCGAGCAGUAAACACAAUAAGCAAAACACACAUUCAAUGAUUUCUUCAUUAGAUUCUGAUACAGAACAGUUAGCAUUACGUUGGUCGGAUGACGGUUCGCAAGACGGAAAACCUAAAGAAGUUGAAAGUGAAGAUAUAUCAAAAAUAAAAGAGUACAUUGAAACAACAGUUAAUGAUAUACACAAACCUAAUGUUAACAAAGGAAGUUUACACAGUGAUUUGGUUAAAAGAGGUUUUGAUGCCGAAACGGCGAAAAUAAUAGAAAGAGAUUUGCUGGAUUCGCCUAGUACAAAACCCACUCCUACCACUGAACUUAAGCAAUCGGAGAAGAAUGAAAAUAUAUUAAAUAAGAGCAUUGAAACUGAUACAAGUAUGACGAAUGAAUUACAAAUUGUCCAAGAUGAGGAUUUAGAUGAUGAAUUAGAAUUAUCCGUUUAUGAAUGUCAUGAAGACAGUCAUAAUUAUGUACAAUUUAAAAGCGACACCAAAGAUAGAUGGCAAGGACAACCUAUAACAUUAAAAGAUAAGUUUUGUAUGGAAGUAUGUAUAGAUGACGGAGUAGCGAUAAGGUUAAGAGCAACACAUUUUGAAACUUUAUUUAAUAAUGAACCUGAAAAUGAAGCAGAAUUAGAAUAUAGUUUUAGGGAAACAGAAUCGGCAGUCAAUUCAAUUUCACAUAUGGACAGGCUGUACACGCCGAUGAAAGACCACAAGGCGCAGUGUUUUGAAAUAUUUGAUUCUACUUUGACGAGUUUGGACACGCCUUUGAAGGCGAAUAGUCCGACUUACAAGGAGCAUAGAAUAAAUGAGAUAGAAAUAGUGUUAGAAGAAGAAGAGAAAGUAGAAGCUAAGGAUAAUACUGAAGUGAAGAGAAGAAGAUUACAGAGUAGUAAUAGUUCUGAGGAGGCUUUGAAUCGAAAUAAUGAAAGUAAUCCAGAAGCCCAGUAUUUGUUUAAUUCAACGAAUAUUCAAAAUAUUGAUAUCGAAUCAGUAUUGAAGAAACUCCACGGGCCUUAGUGCAUAGGUUUAGGUAGCCAGUGACUCUGCCUUUUUAUUAUAUGACUUCUUUUAAUCAGACAUUGUUCAUAAAUUAUAUUUAUAUGUGUAAGACACAUACAUAAGGCCAUUCUGAUUGUACAAUUGAUUAUGUAAAUACAUUGUGCUAGACACAAAUCUUGACCAUGUCUCUAAUUAAAAAAUAUAUAUUUUUA